AUGAGCCACGCAGGACAGAAGAGGAAGAACGCCGAGCCCACCGAGGUCAAGAAGGCCGUCGAGGCCGGUGCGGCCGCCAAGAACCGCAAGACCGAAGGCGAGGAGGAGCCCGUGGUGCAUCUGAAGGGCGUGGUGGGCACCGGCCUGGCCACGGCGGGGCACCACCACCGCACGAGCGCCGAGUUCCUGGCCGCGCUGGUCUACACCCGCGCCGAGCAGCUGCGCGUGCCCGAAAACAAGGUCUUCGUCGCCGAGCGCACCGACAAGAUCGUCGACGUGUUCAGGGGCCUGGUGAACCACAACUUCCUCUCCGUGCCCGUGCUCCAGAAGACCAAGCACAAGUGGUUCGGCUUCCUCGACCUGGCCGACAUCGUCCUCUACGUCGUCAACACCUUUGGCGAGAGCAAGCUGAACGUGGAGGAGGACUUCUGGACGCUUGUGGAGCGCGAGGAGGAGUUCAAGCAGAAGACGGUCAAUGACCUCAUGCGCUACCCGCUCACCCGCCGCAACCCGUUCAACCCGGUCAAGGGCGGCUACUCGCUGCUCUACGCCAUCGAGGCGCUGGCCAAGGAGCGCAGCCUCCAUCGCGUGCCGGUGGUCGACGAGCAGCGUCAGCUGAUGAACCUCAUCACCCAGUCCCAGGUCGUGCGCUUCCUCCAGCAGAACAUGCACCUGCUCGGCGACAAGCGGGCCACGCCCGUCAAGGAGAUCAACGGCGUGAUGCACGACGUGUUCACCAUCAACAUGCACCAGAGGGCCAUCGACGCCUUCCACCAGAUGGUGGAGCACGGCGUGACCGGCGUGGCCAUCGUCGACGACACCGGCCGGCUGCGGGGCAACCUGUCGCUGCGCGACCUCAAGGCCAUGUCCACCGACGGCCGCUUCUUCUGGCGCCUCUACCAGACCGUCGAGAACUACAUCACCAAGCUCAAGCACGAGAUCAAGGAGGGCCAGAGGCCGAAGAGGGUGCAGGUGUGCAAGGAGUCGCACACGCUCGAGCAGGUGAUCAACCUGCUGGCCGACCACUCGAUCCACCGCGUGUUUGUGGUGGACGACGCCAAGAAGCCCAUCGGCGUGAUCACCCUCAAGGACGUCCUCCUCGAGAUCCUCUCGCCCUAA